AUGCCGCCGUGUCAUGGCCUGGAGAUUGAGGAUGCCAGCAUCGACCAGCUGCAAGAAUGGAUGAGCAAUGGGGACUUGACGAGCGUGCAGCUGGUGACAUGCUACAUGCAACGGUCUUUGCAGACAGGACAUUCGGUGCUCGAGUUGAACCCAGACGUCUUGUCCAUUGCCGCCAGUCUGGACGACGAACGAUGCAAAGGCCAAGUCCGAUCUAGACUCCAUGGCAUUCCCUUCCUCAUCAAAGACAACAUUGCGUCCAAAGACAAGAUGCAGACAACAGCUGGCAGUUGGGCACUUCAAGGCUCCAUCGUGCCCCGCGAUGCACACGUAGUCAUGAUGCUGCGAGAGGCUGGUGCAGUUCUCAUGGGCAAAGCUACCCUUAGCGAAUGGGCGGACAUGCGGACAAACAACUAUUCAGAAGGGUACUCUGGACGAGGCGGGCAAGCGAGGAACGCCUACAACUUCACCGUCAACCCGGGCGGGAGCAGCUCUGGAACCGAGAGGAACGCCAUCGUGGGAAUCAAGCCUACUGUUGGUCUGACUUCACGAGCAGGAGUCAUCCCGGAGUCCGAACACCAGGAUACUGUUGGAACCUUUGGCAAGACUGUCAGAGAUGCCGUCUAUGCGCUCGAUGUCAUCUAUGGUGAGGACCCACCGGAUAACUACACUGCAGCUCAGAUCGGCAAGACACCAAAGGGUGGCUAUGUGCAAUACCUCUCCAACUCCACCGCGCUGAAGGGCGCGAAGUUCGGCCUGCCAUGGAAGUCAUUUUGGGAGGAGGCCGACCCACACCAGUUGAAUGUGCUUGUUGAAAUCGUAGGCAUGGUGGAGAAGGCAGGUGCUAAGAUCGUGGAUGGUACAGAAUUGCCGCAUAGGAGAGAGAUCGUGAGCCCGGACUACUGGAACUGGGAUUAUGGCAGCACUCGCGGCUACCCCAAUGAGUCGGAAUACUCCUACGUCAAAGUCGACUUCUACAACAACAUUGCGACUUACCUCUCGCAAGUCUCGAACACUGAGAUGAAACCAUUGCAAGAUCUCGUCCGCUAUAACAAUGAGAACAUCGGCACCGAAGGCGGCUGGCCUGACGUUCAUCCUGCGUUUGGAUCUGGCCAGGAUGGUUUCCUUGCUUCUCUCGCCACUGGGGGUGUGCAGAACGAGACGUACUGGCAAGCUCUCGAAUUUUGCCAUCGUACCACAAGAGAGGAAGGCAUUGAUGCUGCUCUCCACCACGAUGGACACGGUUUGGAUGCUCUGCUCGUCCCUCCGGAUGUCGCUCAAAGCUACCAGAUCGCUGCACAGGCUGGCUACCCCGUUAUCACCAUUCCCGCGUCCGUGCAUCCGCUGAGUGGGAUGCCGUUUGGGCUGGCUUUCAUGGGCUCGGCGUUCAGCGAGGACACGCUGAUCAAGUAUGCGAGCGCGACGGAGCAUCUCAUGAUCUCGACCGGCUCGGAGUACCAGCGAGCCAAGACGCCUCCGACGUGGGACGGGUAUCUCGUCAGGAAUAUUCCUACUGCGCCGCAGUGCUUUGGGUGCUAA